AUGACACCUGACGACCUGGUGGAAGAGGAAAAUUGUGUUUGUGUUCCUAACGAUGUUUCAGUGGCAGUUCUUCCAUCUUCAGUGACACUCGACGUCCUGUUGGUGGAGCAGAACUCUUUUGCUUUGGAGCGAUCAGUGGGAGAUCCUGUGCACCCGGUGGUGGGUUCUUUAAAACGUUGUGAUGCUGUGUUACAGAGCUGUCUAGAGCAAAAGGCCAAAGUGACGAUCGGCUCUAAGGUCUUUGUGACGAGUCCUAUUCAGAGGGCUGGCUUUGAUGCUAAGUCACGACGCUUGUGGCAUCCUGGGGAAUGGAAGCUGCUGGAGAGGGGAGGCCAGUGUGUUGUGGUUGUGCUGUUCCUUCUCACUCUGGCAGGGCUUCGUGGUAUUUGCCGGUGCCAAGCUCGGAUGAGGCAGCUGGAGACUACAGGGACUGGUCUGGAAGCUGGUGCCAGGUCCGUUCUGGUGGAAGCGUGGGUGCUUCAGUCCACCGUGCAAGCGACACUGGGACGGCACGGUGGAGACCCAAAGUCCCAGGGCCAACUGUAUUUUGGAGUCGGAGCCUGCCCCCCCAUCCCGGGACCCUCCUCAGACCAGGCCGUGUCUAAGGACGCCUAUCAGCACAAACGCAAAAGCGCAGAGGAGGAGGAGCGGACUGAAGCACCGAGCACAGAGGCUCCACGCACACGCUUCCACUCCGGCGACAUGACGGCCCUGGCGCGCCUCGCACCCUGGCUGCUGCCCCCGCUCUUGUGCCUCAUCCACGGCCUGCUCGCUGGCGGUACAGUGACUGAGUGCGAGCCAAACCAGUUCCAGUGUGUAAACGGCCGCUGCAUCCCGUCUGUGUGGCAGUGUGACGGCGACGAGGACUGUACAGACGGCAGCGACGAGGGCACCUGUGUGCAAAAGACGUGUGCGGGCUCAGACUUUGUGUGUCAAAGUGGGGGUUGUGUGCCAGUGCGGUGGCAGUGUGAUGGAGAGCCAGACUGUGAGGACGGCUCUGAUGAGGCCCAGGACGUCUGCCACAUGAGGACGUGCAGGUUCAAUGAGUUCAGCUGCACUGCAGGCUCCACACAGUGCAUCCCUCUGUUCUGGAAGUGUGACCGGGAGAAGGACUGCGACAACGGGGAGGAUGAGCUUGACUGUGGUACGUGCAGGAGCAGCUCUGUGAUUGGCUGCAUGAGUUUUGGAGUGUCGUCUCUACUCUCAAAGCCAGUGAAUGGGGCCUUCUACUUUUUAAGCCCAAAGUUUGGUUUGAGGAAACAUCUGCGUUGCAAAUCCAUGAGGGGACAGAAGGCAGACAAUGCAUACAGAGACACUGACGAUGACGGCUUUUUACUCGCAGCUGAGCCCCUGUGUGCCAACCCUGCCGAGCCUGGAGGUCAGACGGAGCCCCAAGAGGUGAGACGCGCAACACCCACAGAACAAGCCCCAACCAAAGUCUACAACUCUGCCAAAACUAAUGCACCCCGAGAACAAGCCAACUCAAAUUUCUCCAAGUGCAUGAAGACCAGUGCCAGGGAUCCCAACGUCUUCAACUCUACUCAAACCAGUGUGCCCAGAGAACCAGUCAACUUCAAUCUCUACAACUCUGCUAAACCCAGUCUGCCCAGAGAACCAGCUGAUCCUAAUGUCUUCAACUCUACUCAAACCAGUGUGCCCAGAGAACCAGCCAACUUCAAUCUCUACAACUCCGCAAAAAUCAACACCAACGUCAGCUCUAACCCAGAGAGACCAGAUGCGACUCACCACCAGAUGGUCAUCAGUCGCGGCCUGGACGGCUUUGGAUUCACUAUCUUCUCUGACUGUCCAGUACGAGUACAAGAUGUGGACUCAGGAGGCCCCGCCCACACAGCCGGCCUGCGGCAUGGUGAUGCUGUGCUCCAACUAAAUGGGGUCUCCGUGGAAACAUGGGGGUGUGGCCAGCUUGCACAUGCUAUCAGGUGCUGUCCUGGCCAUAUAUCACUGGUCAUCUGGAGACCUGCAGCUGAGGCCACGUCCACAUCAUGGUCCUGCCCCUCUCACCAACAGACUGAGGUUUCUGCAGCAGAGCACCGGCCGAGGGGUCCCAGGUCGCUGUGGAGACGCAGCCAGGACAGGGGCCAGGACAGGGGCCAGGACAGGAGCCAGGAGCCUCCCCCGUCUACCCUGAGCAGAGACUACAUUGUGCUGUCCCCAAGCGAGCAUAGCCUGAGAGCGGCCCGGGCCACCACUAUGGGCCGCUGGUACCACCCCCCUCCCUCCACACGACCCACAUACUCCUCGGCCUCUCUGCCCCCUCCGCUGGCCAAGACUCUUGGUUGCUACGGCGAUUACGAGAACUGCACCAUCGUCCAGUCCCACACAUGCGACAACUUUGGCUCCAUCGCUCCCAAAACUCUCAUCUUUCCCAUACACCUCAAGCCCAUAGAUCUGUGCAGCCCUGACCGGACACUGCUCAUGUCUGAGGAGCUGACCCUUCACCUACCUGACUUGCUGCCGGCGAAGGUGACUCUGAUGGUCUACACCGACCUGCUGCUCUUCACCAGAGAGGACGAGAUUGGCCGCUACAACAUCCUGCAGAGCCCUGUCUACCUGAACACUGUGUCUUUCAUUGAAGUGAGCUCCAAACCCCUGCACCUGUUCUUCCUGCGGACGCCCCGUGGCUCUGUCCAGUUCAGCCUGGAAGCCUACAGUCUACAGCAGAAGCACCGCCUAAGCAUCUGUCUUCAUGACAACAUGCAUCACUUGGUUUCCAUGGAGGCCCAGCUCCUGUCCCUUCAUGACAACAGCCCACCUGCCCCCGAGUCCAAGCAGUGGUGGGACGUGUCCGCCCCGCCCUCGUCCCUGUGCAGUCCCGUAUGGAAACCUCGUAGCACAGAGGCCCCUGCUGAGGUCACAGAACCAGAGCCAGAGCACCCCUUCAAGGAGACAGCGGGACACAUCAAGGAGCCAGGACACUCAGGCCUGAGCCGCACUCUCUCAGAGGGCUCUCUCCUGCAGGAGCCCCGGGCCCCUCACCUUCUGCCCCACAGUCCUGUCCUGACAUGGCCCCUGAGGAGCAGUGUGGCCCCAACCCCUGACAGCUGCAGCGCUCCUCGGCCUUCCACGAUGACUCUGAAGAAGCUCCUGACUGAGGGAGGCGGUCUGCACAAAGCCCUAGAACUGCUUUAUGGAUCCAAGGCUCUAGAGGUGGGACAUGCGCGACUCAAACAGAGGAACAAGACAUUGGUGAGCCUGGCCUUUCUGCAGCGUAGAAAAAACAACAGCAACUUCAACAGCAACAGCUUGGAGAAAGCCCUGAUGAACAACAGACCCGCCUCCGAACAGGUCCAGAGAUGGGCGGAGUCACUGGAGGCUCUUCUGACCAAUCAGUACGGCCUGGCAGUUUUUCGCCACUUCCUGCGUUCAGAGUUCAGUGAGGAGAACCUGGACUUCUGGUUAGCUGUGGAGAAAUUCAAGCGGACAGGUCCCCAGAAGAUGGUCUCCAAGGCAACCAGGAUCUACAACGAGUUUAUCUCCUGCAACGCCACGCGGCAGAUUAACAUCGACUCUGCUGUUCGAGAGGUAACCAAUCACAGCCUUUCUUUAAGCAUUAGCCCCUCCUCUUUCCAGCUGGCCCAGGAUCAAAUCUACAACCUCAUGUUGACGGACAGCUACCCACGCUUCCUCAAGUCCCGCCUCUACACCCAGCUUUCCAAUCAAAAGCAGCGACAUAGCCACACGCUGCAGUGA